AUGUCAGAUUUAGGUAGAAAGAAUUUCUCAGAUAAAGUUUCAGAAGCUGUUACCCCAGAAGAUCAAAAAUCAGGUUUCGAAAAAGUCAAAGAAACCGUCACUGAUAAAGCUGACGAAUUUGCUGCUAAAGGUACCCCAGAUAACCAAAAAUCAUUUGGUCAAACCAUUGCUGAUUCUGCCAAACAAGGUCAUGAUGAUGCCAAAGCUGAAGUUUCCGGUCAAGAAGCUACUUUAGCUGAUACUGCCGGUGAAUACUUAGAAGCCGCUAAAGAACAAGCUGCCAAUGCCGUUAACUACGUUAGUGGUGUUGUUACUGGUGCUACCGAAGGUGCCAAAAAAGCCUCCGACUCCAAAUAA